AACUUAUGCACAAAGUUAUGUACAUACGGGACAUAUUCUGUUGUUAGAAAUUUUGAUAUAUUUAACUACAAUCUGCAGAGCAGGUAUUAUGUAGAUAUUUUCUAUAUUUUGUACAUAUUUCGCUUUCCAACUGUUAGAUAUACAUUAGCGCAGUAUAAGUUUUUGUUACGCAUGCGCGGUCUCAUUCACGUCUCUUGCACGUUGCUCACAUUGCAACCUCAAAACUGCGCGAAACAAUUUUAAAACCUCGGAGGCAUAUCAUUGCGAAUAACAUUGAAGUGUCUAUAAAUGAACGUAUUAAAUCAAUAAAUCAGUGAAAAGAAGAAUGAAAACCAGCAAGGGUAAAAUAAAGCCACAAAAGCAAAACAAUGCUAAAAAGUCCAGGAAAGACAUUCGCCAGGCGAAGCGGUUGGCAAAGAAAGCAAAGCGUAAUGAGUAUUACACUAAUCGCAACAAAAUUCCUGGACCUGUGGUACCUGAUGAAAAUUCGGUGAAACCAAUGAAACCAACAAAACGUAAAAGUCAGCCAACUAAUGUUGCUCCUCAUGUUAAAGAAAGCACCAAACCCAUUGCAGACAAUUCCUCAAUAGCAAAGUGUGUUGAAAAGGAGAAGAAAGUACACAAUGAACUGAAGGCAGUAAUGAAUAAACAAAGACAUAAACAAAUGAUUGAAGCUAACUGGGAGGAAGAUAAAAAUAUUAAAAAGUUGGAGAAGCAAUUGAAAUUGAACAAACGGAAAACCAAGAGUAUUCCUAAAACAUUUGCAGAAGAUGGACUUGAUUAUUUGCUGGAAAUUUGUGAUUCUGACAACAGGAGAGAUAUCAUUGGCACAGAAAUGGAUACUGAAAAGAUAAAUGAUGAUUUUGAUGAAGACUUUGAUUUGAUGAUGGGUAAAACAAGUACUUCUCACAAUAAACCAGAGGAUGAUGACACUGAUGAUGAAUUUAGUGAUGAAUCUUGCAAUGUUGACAACACUGAAGAUUUUAGUGAUGAUGAAACCAUGGAUGUUUCUGCCUGUGAAUCAGGCAGUGAAUCGGAAGCAGAGAAUUCCAUGUCUGAAGAUGAAGAAGUAUCCGAUGGUCAUGAGGAGGAACUUGAUACACACCAAGAAAAUUUAUCAAAAAACGAAGAUAAAAUGGUGCAAGAUAUUUACGGACGUUUGCGGCAUGCCGAUGGAAGCGUAGUACAAGAAAAGAAUGUUUCCAACAAAUACGUGCCACCCGCAGCGCGUGCAGCUGAUACUGACUCCACUCUCCUUCGAUUGAAGCGGCAAAUAAAAGGACUUAUCAAUCGAUUGGCAGAAAGCAAUAUGCACAGUAUAUCCAGUCAAAUCGAAGCAUUAUACAACGCAAAUAGUCGCCACGACAUGAACGAAACCCUAGCAUCGAUCAUGUUCGAGAAUUUGAUUGUUUCCACGCCGUGCCCGGAGCGUCUGCUGCUGGAACACGUGCUAUUGGUGACGAUUCUACACGCCAACGUUGGCUCGGAAGUGGGCGCCUUCUUCCUGCAGUCGGUUGCACAAAAAUUCUGCACCAUCCUAUCCGAAUUCGUUGAUAAUGUAGAAGAUAAGCGCAUGGACAACGCAGUCAAUUUCAUUGCGCAGUUGUAUAACUUUAAAUUGUUCAACAGUCAUCUGCUGUAUGAAGUUCUUACAAAGCUCGUGGAUAAAUUUGAGGAGAAGCACGUGGAAUGCAUUCUCAACGUACUGAAAAACGUUGGUUUUACUUUACGCAAGGAUGAUCCAGCUACGCUGAGGACGUUGAUUCAAACAAUUCAAUCGAAAGCUGCGCCGGAAUUGACGAAUAAUAAUCCUCGAGUUAAAUUCAUGCUGGAAAUACUCUUGGCGAUCAAGAAUAACAAUGUGAACAAAAUUCCGAAUUAUGAUACCAGUUAUAGUGAACAUCUGAAGAAAAUUACGAAGUCUUUCAUUAGAACAGGCAAUUAUGUAACGCAGUUGAAUAUUAGCUUGGAGGAUUUGCUAAAAGCUGAUGAGCAAGGAAAAUGGUGGGUGGUGGGAUCCGCAUGGGCCGGGAAACGCGAGAGCGCACAAUUGGACCAACAGACACCCGUCACCGCUAAAAGUACCUUCUCGAACAAGCUGCUGGCGCUGGCAAAGAAACAACACAUGAAUACGGAUACUAGAAUCAAUAUAUUUUGUAUACUAAUGUCUGCCGAGGAUUAUAUGGACGCUUUUGAGAAACUUCUGCACCUCGGCCUGAAGAACCAACAGGAACGGGAAAUAAUUAAUGUGCUGUUGCACUGUAGCCUGUCCGAAAAAGCCUACAACCCGUACUAUUCGGUGCUGGCACAGAAGUUCUGCGACUAUGACAGGAGGUUUCAAAUGAUUAUCAAGUGUUCGAUCUGGGAUAAACUACAGACACUUGUAGAUUGCUCACCGGCGCAAAUUUCAAACCUCGCCAAACUCCUCACGCAUCUCUUUCUGGAAAAAGGGCUGCCUAUAUCUACAUUGAAGAUUGUACAAUUCGGGGAGUUGGAUAAGGUGACGCUGCGUUUCAUGCGCCAGAUCUUGCUUGGCAUCAUCCUCACUCCUGACGCGGAGCAGUGUCAGGAGGUUUUCUUGAAGGUGUGCCAAUCAGACAAGCUGAAAAUGUUCCGCGAAAGUCUACGUUUGUUUAUUCAUCAUUUUCUAUUGCGCAAUCUCCGCAAAGAUGGCGGGUCACGAAUGGACGAGGCGCAGAAAAGCCUCCUGGAAGGUCGCGCGAAGAUGCUUGAUAAGCUUCUCCUGAGCGCGAAUGAUCGAAAGAGGAAACUCACCUAGGUGAAUGUUCAAAAUAAGUAAAA